GGUGUUGGGACGAAAUCAGCAGCGCGCAACAAAUGAGCUCGCCACCGAGCACAGCCAGCGGCACCACUCCUGCACGCCGUCGAUCAAGCAGUAGUGCACUGGCAGCUCUUCUGCUGCGACCGGGCGGAGGUCCAGGCGGAACUCUGGGUGUGGGUGACAGCCCCAUCGUUGGCAGUCAUCACUUUCGCGUGGGAACUCCGACAGCCAACCACAACGCCGUCGCAGCCAAUUUGCCGCCGCUGAAUGCAGCAAUGCAUGCUCUGACAGUCAGUGCAGCAUCUAGCACACAGCUGGGGUCGGGAGUCUCGGCUGCGCUGGGCUCGGUCACGCCUGAAUCGGCGAGACCUCAAUCGGCGCCGUCCCCACUCACGUCCUCGGCCGCCGUGAUGGUGCCUGGAAAUCUCUUCCGGCAAUAUCUGUCCACAGACCGUAUUUUCAUUUGUGCGACCUGUCACUGUCAUUUGGCGUGCCAGGACGACUUGAUUUCCAAGUCCUUUCAAGGUGUGCAUGGGCGUGCUUACUUGUUUAACACCGUAAUCAACUUUACAACGGGACCCUUGGAGCAGCGAGUGUUGAUGACAGGAUCACACACCGUUGCAGACAUCUUUUGUUCGGGCUGCAAGACCCUUCUAGGAUGGAAAUAUGAAGAGACGUCUCAGCCAUCCCAGCGGUACAAGAUUGGAAAGUUCAUUAUCGAAAAAGUGCGGAUGGUGAAAGAGAAUGGCUGGACCUGAACCUGCGUUCUGUUGAUUGUGUUUUUUGGGAUUUGGAAUUGUUUCUCGUGGACGCUGUUUGUUGGCUCGAAUUGUACUGUACUUUGACAGAAAAUAAUCAUAAUCAAAUAGAAAACUGGCGGCAUUCUACCUCGCUUGCUGCGAUGCCACCUGGCGAAGCUCGCUGAUUAGCCGCUUGACACCAACAAUCCAUUGUCCAGCCUCGUCAAAGUGCUUUGUCACGAGUUCGAUGUGCGUCUCGCUAGCCUGGUCGAAUUGCCCUUGCGUUAGUUCUGUCUCCACAAAAACGAGUGCAUGUGAGUCAUGUCAGAAAGGUCAAGCACACAAAAGGGAAGCUGACAAGCUUACGCGUGGCAAGACACUGGGCAACGGCGGCCACUGAUGCGCUCAACUGAUCGGCCUCACACUUGGCGAGAAGCAUUCCAACACGGCGUUUCAUAUCGUCAUGAGACUUUUUAGCAGCCUGU